AUGGCUCAGGUAGCUCAAUUAGGUAAAUUGCCUCGUCAAAUCCUUCCGACAGGAAGAACUCUUGCAUCCGACAGAAAAAGUUUUUCCCGACAACAGGAAGAACUCUUGCAUCCGACAGGAAGAACUCUUGCAUCCGACAGAAAAAGUUUUUCCCGACAACAGGAAGAACUCUUCCAUCAGACAGGAAAAAUUUUUCUUGUUGUUCGUCCGUAA